AUGGAUAGUUCCUUAGGUGACAUGUUGGUUAAGGUGGUUGUGUUCUUCCUAGUCCAAGCUUUGGUGUACCUUAUCCUUUCAAAUUCAUCAAACAUAUUCUCCAAGGAUAUCAAGAGAUCAAACAGCUUCAAGCCGGCGCGUUCCCUGAGUAUUCGCCGGAUGUUGGCUUUACUUUCCGAUUUUCCUCCGGAAGCAGAACCUUCUCCUUCUUCUACAAAGAGUCCUCAAUCACAAGCUACUCAAAGUUAG